GCCGUCUCUCGUGCCCCUCACGCGGAUCGCGUCCCCAUCCGACGCCUCCAGCUCCUCUCCCGCCUCUAUAUUACUCCCCUUCUCCACCCGUCCAUCUCCAUCCAACUCACACACAGGCUCACCCCACCAACAGCAAGCGAAAAUCUCCCGAUCCCCUCUAGUCUCCGCGGCGAAGAUGUCGGGGCGCGGCAAGGGCGGGAAGGGCCUGGGCAAGGGCGGAGCGAAGCGCCACCGGAAGGUGCUCCGCGACAACAUCCAGGGGAUCACGAAGCCGGCGAUCCGGCGGCUGGCGCGCAGGGGCGGCGUGAAGCGCAUCUCCGGGCUCAUCUACGAGGAGACCCGCGGCGUCCUCAAGAUCUUCCUGGAGAACGUGAUCCGCGACGCCGUCACCUACACCGAGCACGCGCGCCGCAAGACCGUCACAGCCAUGGACGUCGUCUACGCGCUCAAGCGCCAGGGCCGCACCCUCUACGGCUUCGGCGGCUAGGCUAUGCCGGUCGCGCUCGCGCCUCGCUGUCGUCGCUGCGGUUCUUGUUUCUGCAAUUCGCAAGGUGUGGCUUGACGGGGAAAAUGCUGGUUAAUGUAGCACUAGAUCAAGCAUGUUGUGCGUGUCUGAAGAAAUGCCAAUUGUGACUUGCUGUUUGUUCAAACAUGUUCCGUUUCUUCACAUAUCAACACCCGUCGUCCCUGCGUGUGUUACAAAUGUAGUUAACUUAGUCAUGAUGUGUCUUGCGCGCAUUCCAUCUCUGUCCAAUAUGCUUAAUGUAUUUCUGUACUAGGUAAUCCAUUACCUCUGUUUCAUUUUAUUUCAAUGACGAACUAGCUUAUUGGA